AUGGCUAGUGUCCUUGCACGUCGUUCAGCAUUGCGUGCUGUGUCUACAGCACAGAGCUGCCGAAUUGUCCCCGUGGCUAGCCGUUCGGCACAAUUGUUAGGUCGAAGGCUUUAUUCCAGUGGGAAAAGUGAUGGGGGCCAUGAAAAUCACAGGUCUAGUGACCUGCCAUGGCUCCUAGGUUCUGUGGGUGUGACUGCACCUAUGGUUUGGUACCUACUUCAAACAGGCCCGGAGAAAAAGUCGCAUGAUGACGCACAUGCCCAUGGUCAUGGUUCCGAUGAGGCGCACAAAGAGGAAGCCGAUGAGAAAGAAGCUGCCCCCGAGGGAGAGGAAAAGGAGGAGCCGUCUAAGGAAGAGCCAAAGGAGGCUCAGCAAGAAGCCAAGAAGGAAGAUUCAUCUGCAGAUUCGAAGAAUGAACAGUCUGGCGAGGACAAGCCAUCUGGCAACGAAGCCAAGUCUGACACCGAUGAGAAAUCGAAGGAUGAAGAGAAGAAAUAG